GUGUCAGUGAUUCCCUAGAUACGAAGAUGGGAAGGUCGCAAAUUUGUGCGAUUCCCAACUGACCUGAAACCCAAUACAUAACUUCUUCCCUCCUCCAAUUCCCGAAUUUCACCGCCCCGCAACUACAUAGCCCGCCGCCCAGCCAGUGAGUGUCCCAUCAUCUAAAACACCGCAAAUGCCAUUCAACGCCGAUGACCCUGUCUCUGUCCGAGAUGAGGACAACGACUACUACUUUCCCGAGGCAAUGUCGACGAAUCAUGGCCCCGAUCAACUGGACGGCACUGCUGCCGCCAACGACACAGACACAUACGCCCUCCUAAUGAGCUACCCGGCCGAAGUAGACUAUUACACGCUCCUUGGGCUCCCGCGCGACCCUCCUCCCGCCGAAGCAGCGAUCCGAUCCGCAUACCGCAACCUCACGCUCAGCUUCCACCCGGACAAACAACCGCCGGAGUCGCGAGAAGCCGCGGAGCGACUGUUCAGUCGCAUCUACGAUGCCUACGAGACCCUGAUGGACCCGCGGAAACGGGUUGUGUAUGAUCUCCUUGGGGCGGAGGGGGUGCGCGAGGAAUGGGGGGGUGGGGGGGUCAUGGAUAGCCGGGCUGCGAAAGGGAAUACGAAUCGGGAAAGGCAGGUCGGUGUUCGGGCCCAAAAGCCGGAGGAGUUCCGGCGGUGGUUUUUGGAGAUGAUGAAGAAGAGGGAGAGGAAGGUGGUUAAUAGUAUGGUUCAGGGGAGGGGGUCUUUUACGUUGGGAAUUGAUGCGUCUAAUACUAUUGCGGUUGAUGAGGAGCUGGGGGAGGUUUAUGUGCAGGUUCCGACGCCGGAGCUGUCGAGUUUUGCCGUGGGGUAUUCGUUCAAGGCGCCUUUGCCGAGCUUAAGGGAUAUUCUGGGGGAGGAGGAGGAGGAGGAGGAGAAGGAGGAGAAGGAGGAGGAGGAUGGGGGUGAGAAAGAGCCAGCGGGGGAUCAAGCUCAUCAAGCUCAGACGGAUAUGGUGAUCCACGCGAGUAUCUCGGGCCCGUUGAAGCAGUUGCACCAGGAGGCUGAAGUGACGCAUUUGGACGGGACCACAGAAAUCCGCAAGCUUCCGCUACCUUUGAUUCUGAGCACAAAAAACUUCAAGCUUGGAGCAGGUGUCAGCCACGUCUUCGGGGAUCUCUCGAGCGCCAGGGGCAUAUUCCGGAGAUGGCCUUUGUCGAUGCUGCAUUAUUCGGGCGUGACAGUACACGCUCACGUUUUACCAUCGCUGGCAUUGGAAACAAACUUUGCAAAGAAUUUUACGCCUGUUGAAGGAACGAAGCCCUUCAAAGUUGUGCUCGGCUCUACCUUCCAUUUCUCUAUUUUGCAGGCGUUGCCCGUGGUUGGACUCCAGGUAACGAAGGAAAUCGGCGAGCGAAAAAUCGCAUUCUGUAGCUGGUCAAGCGGCUUUGUGUCAUGGCCUACUGUGGUCCAGCAAUUCCUUAAUCCGUUUGUUAGCCUUGGUUUUGACGUGGGAAAUGCUCUCAGGGUACCCAAUCAGAUCAGUCAGUUUCAAUUUGGCAUCAUGUCUCAGCCAAAACAGCCAACGCUUGCCUCUAUUGACGACGACGACGACGACGACGACGACGACGACGAUGAUGAUGAUGAUGGUAGUAAGUUUGAGUCGGAGGAAGACUACGAGACGAAAACAGAGUAUGCCAAGGUCCGUGCUAAGCAACGCGAAGAGAAUAAAGCUGCCGAAGCCUGGCAGGUUGGACUUUCUUCGUCCCCCAUGGCCAACGGUGUAUCUGUGACCUAUGCACGGAACAUUUUCUCCGGAAAACCAGCCAACAAGGUCGCCCUUUCUGAAUGGAGUGCUGAAAAACAUUAUCCUAUGCCUCCAGCAAAGGAACAUCGCUCUGUCCGUCUCGAAGUCACAUCUACUGUUGACAUGAGUCUAUCACUCGCGUGGAGCGUGGAGGGAACUCGCCAGGUUGGAGAUUUCACUCGUAUGGGUCUUGGAGUUGGUGUGCAAGGAGCCCGCGGUCUUGUUAUGACCAUUUCAUGGAGCCGAUUGGGGCAAAGGAUUAAGCUUCCCGUUGCCGUCUGCCCACUCCAGGCUGUCAAUGCGGACGCAGCAGCUGUUGCGCUUAUCUUCCCCUGGGUAGCAUAUUGCGCGGUGGAGUUUGGCUGGAUCCGUCCCCAGGAAAGACGCAACCGCCGCAAGCUGAUCGCUCGCCGACAAAAACAGCUACGGAAACUGAUCCCCCAGAAGAGCGCAGAAAGCGCUCAAGCUAUCGAACUGAUGGCUGAUCAGGUGCGACGAAGACAGGAGAGAGAGGACCGUCAAGGUGGACUGGUUAUCACCAAGGCCGAAUACGGCUAUUAUCCCUCAAAACGCAAGGGGUCCAAGGGCGACAGGGAGCCCGAAGUUGCAAAUGUUACUAUCCCCGUAGCUGCGUUGGUGGAUCGCGGUCAGCUUGUCAUUUCCAAGGAAACAGCCAAGUUUCAUAUUCUUGGGUUCCACGACCCAGCUCCUCUUCAGCCAAAGAUACUGAAGAUAUGGUAUCGAUACCACGAUAAAGAACAUUAUGUUGAAGCCAACGAUACCGAGGGCGUGACCUGUCCUAUGCGACAGCACCUACUAGAUGCUUAAAACGCUCCCUCUCCCAUUCCCGGAUAUAUCUAUAAUCCUGUCCUUUAUACCGUUUGGACUUUCAUAUCCGUAUAUUAUUCCCCGUUAUCCACUCCAGAAGGACUGGAGGUUGCAUCAUGGCUUAUAACUCCCCUCAUACUCCCAUCUGUAUGUGAAUUAGAGGCACAUUGUACUCGCAUGCUUGGUUCCCGUGUAUUUUACUCUAUAUCAGUUAUUUCUGGUCCGUCCGAUAGACUACAUAAUUCAGCUAUUCUGGU